AUGCCCCCCGCGGCGGAGCUGGAUGAUCGCAGGUUGCAGGUGCAUUCUUUUCCUGGCUCUGGCACUACAUCGUCGAACGCUCGUGUCCGUCCGGACAUAUCGCUGGCUCAUUAUCUAGGACACCCAUAGCCUGAUUCACACAGACUACGAGCAGGCUAUGUUGGAUGACGACACACGCGACGAUAGGUCUGCCAUUUCUCCUGAUGACUGUGGUGACCGUCAGUACGGCCUACCAUUUCCAUCCCGCGCUUCUUCUUGGGUCGCUUCCUCGAGGUCGCCAUCGCCCCAAAACUCAGCCGAGGCAUUCCCGAAUCCAGAGCAGAGACGCCGUGAGGAUCGUUCCACCACCGUCAGCUCUCAAGUUCUCGUGGAUCUGCCUUAGUCCUCCGCAGGGCUAUAUCACGCCGUCCAACAUUUACUGAGGAUCAAACUGCUGCGAAGGGCUCUAGCGAUGAGGCUCUGACCACUGCGGAGGAGGAGGUUUGCUUCUGGACUCCUGACGAGAGCAAAAUCGGGGGUGGGAAUGAUUUUGAGGAGAGGUAUGAAUUUGUAGCUGAUCAAUCACGCGCGAAGCCCUGUGAGAGAUGGAAAAUCGGCACUUGUGGGGAUAUCAUUGGGUCCCGAUACUUUGACCAAAUCAAGGCCAAGGAUGAUCUGUCCGCUGCUCCUGGUAGUGUUGGGAAAGAGGCUCCCAUAUCCUCUACGUCACCCACCAAUAAUGAGAACGCCGAGUUUUGGAACACACCGACCACUCCCCGUCAUAGGCGUGUGAGCCGUCCUGACCGAUUCAGUUUUUUUCUCAUCCGAGGGGGAUGCCAUGAUCCACGCUCCAGAGAUUGGCGACCUCCCACGCGAUGGUGAGACGCUCCACGAGCUCUUCCGUGGUAGGCAAGGCGUCUGGUGGUUGGACUGCUACGAUUCUACUGCAGAAGGGUUGGCUAUGCUCAUGAAGGCUUUUGCAAUCCAUCCUGUCACAUUUGAGGAUAUUUGGGUUCAAGAGACUCGCGAGAAAGUUGAGCUUUUCAGGUCCUACCAUUUUGUAUGCUUCCGCUCUUUUGUGCAAAAUAAGAACUCAUCGGACUUUCUGGAUCCUGUAAACGUCUAUACCAUUGUUUUUAGCGAGGGAGUGUUGAGUUUCCGUUUUGCACCUUCCCCGCACAGCACCAACGUUAGGAAACUGAUUAGCCAACCCCGUAAUUACGUUGCUUUCUCAUCAGAUUGGAUUUGCUACGCGUUGAUGUAA